CCGAUUCCGGCGCGACCCCUUUCUCUCCCGCUCCCCGCGGAGCUGGGCCUCUUUAGGCGCACGAUCCCGGCCAGGGUCCCCUCGUUCCUGCCUGCCGGACGCCGCUAACGGUUUCGUGUACGGCUUCCGGGGGAGACUCCGCGCGUCCAUCCGUGUACCGGGCUGGGCCGGGGGUCGCGAUGUCGGGCGGGGACUCGGCGGCUGCUGCGGCCUCCCCUCAGCCGCUCCCCUUCUCCUUGCCGAAGCCCCCUCCCCUCAUGCAGCUGACGCCGGGGGACGCCGUCCGCCCCGUUGCCUCCGCUGCGGACCAAUCGCCGAAGAGUUCCCGGUUGGGAGGCCGCCCGGAUUGGCCGGGUGGGAAGCCUGUCAGCCUCCUGGCCCCGCUGCUCCCGCCCCGCGGUGAGCCCGAGCCUCUAAUGCCCUUUGGCCCCUCGUCGCGGCAGCAACUUAGAGGGAGGCUUCUUGGCAGGUGUGGCGGGGGGGGCCUCCUGAACCCCUCGAUGAGGCCGGGCGGAGUGGAUAGAGGAUCCCUCAUGAUGGGGCACCCAGGCAUGCCGCAUUAUCCACCUAUGGGAAUGCACCCAAUGGGCCAGAGACCACCGAAUAUGCCACCAGUUCCACAUGGAAUGAUGCCUCAGAUGAUGCCUCCAAUGGGAGGACCACCAAUGGGGCAGAUGCCUGGAAUGAUGCAGUCAAUGAUGCCUGGAAUGAUGAUGUCUCAUAUGUCUCAAGCGCAUAUGCAGCCUACUGUACCGCCAGGAGUAAACAGUAUGGACGCACAAGUAGGCACUACACCUCCUGGAACACAGAUCACACAUCAAAUAGUUUGCGCAGCCCAGCAAACCACCACAGCCAACAGUUCUAUAAAUGAAGAUCCUUCUAAACAGAAAUCUAUGUGGACUGAACAUAAAUCACCAGAUGGAAGAACUUAUUAUUAUAAUACUGAAACAAAACAAUCUACAUGGGAGAAGCCAGAUGAUCUCAAAACACCUGCUGAGCAAUUGUUAUCUAAAUGCCCUUGGAAAGAGUACAAAUCUGACUCUGGAAAGCCUUAUUACUACAAUUCCCAAACAAAAGAAUCACGCUGGGCAAAACCUAAAGAGCUUGAAGAUCUUGAAGCGAUGAUUAAAGCUGAAGAAAACAGCAGUAAACCAGAAGAAUCAACUCCAACAUCUUCUGCUCCAGCUGUUGCAACAGAAAUUACAGAUACCAUCACUGCCACGGCCGCCGCCACCGCCGCCGCCACCACCACCAGUGAUGUUGAAACUGCCGUGGCUGCUACUGCAGCCACUGCCAUUCCUGCUGUAACAGCUGCUCCUGAGGCUGAAACUUCUACAGUAGCUGCUGUUGUAGAAAAUGAAAGUACAGUAACUACAACAGCUGAGGAACAAGUGCAGCAAACUACUACUACUACCACCACCACCACCGCCGCCGCUGCCACAACCAUCACCACCCCUGUUGUACAAGAGCAGAAUGCAGAAGCUGUCACUAACACUGUAGAGGAAACUUCUAAACAGGAGGCUUCAGUGGAUGUUGCUCCCAAAAAAGAGGAAGAGGACACCCAGCCAGUUAAAAAAACAUAUACAUGGAAUACGAAAGAAGAAGCAAAGCAAGCAUUUAAAGAACUGUUGAAAGAAAAGCGUGUACCAUCCAAUGCCUCCUGGGAGCAAGCUAUGAAAAUGAUCAUUAAUGAUCCUAGAUACAGUGCAUUGGCAAAGUUGAGUGAAAAAAAGCAAGCCUUUAAUGCUUACAAAGUCCAGACGGAGAAAGAAGAAAAAGAAGAAGCAAGAUCAAAAUACAAAGAAGCUAAAGAAUCCUUUCAACGUUUCCUUGAAAACCAUGAAAAGAUGACAUCUACAACGAGAUACAAAAAAGCUGAACAAAUGUUUGGUGAGAUGGAGGUCUGGAAUGCAAUAUCAGAACGUGAUCGUCUUGAAAUUUAUGAAGAUGUCUUGUUCUUUCUGUCUAAAAAAGAAAAGGAGCAAGCCAAGCAGUUACGAAAGAGGAAUUGGGAGGCUUUGAAAAACAUAUUGGACAACAUGGCUAAUGUAACAUACUCUACCACUUGGUCGGAGGCCCAACAGUAUCUGAUGGACAAUCCUACAUUUGCGGAGGAUGAAGAACUUCAGAAUAUGGAUAAAGAAGAUGCACUGAUUUGUUUUGAAGAACACAUCAGGGCUUUGGAAAAAGAAGAGGAAGAAGAAAAACAGAAGAGUUUGCUUAGGGAAAGGCGACGACAACGUAAAAAUAGAGAAUCUUUUCAGUUAUUUUUGGAUGAAUUACAUGAACAUGGGCAAUUACAUUCAAUGUCUUCCUGGAUGGAGUUGUAUCCAACCAUAAGUUCUGACAUCAGAUUUACUAACAUGCUUGGUCAGCCUGGUAAGACUACUUCCUCUUCCAACAAUGUAGAAAGUGAUACAGUUUUUUCAUUAGGAUCAACUGCACUUGAUCUUUUCAAGUUUUAUGUUGAAGAUUUGAAAGCACGUUACCAUGAUGAAAAGAAGAUAAUAAAAGACAUCUUAAAGGAUAAAGGAUUUCUGGUUGAAGUGAAUACUACUUUUGAAGACUUUGUUACGGUCAUCAGUUCAACUAAAAGAGCUACCACUUUAGAUGCUGGAAAUAUCAAACUGGCUUUCAAUAGUUUGCUGGAAAAGGCAGAAGCCCGUGAACGUGAACGGGAGAAAGAAGAGGCUCGCAAAAUGAAGCGGAAAGAGUCUGCAUUCAAGAGCAUGUUAAAACAAGCUACGCCCCCAAUUGAAUUGGAUGCUGUCUGGGAAGAUAUCAGAGAUAGAUUUGUUAAGGAACCAGCAUUUGAAGACAUCACUCUAGAAUCUGAAAGAAAAAGAAUCUUUAAAGACUUUAUACAUGUACUAGAGCACGAGUGUCAACAUCAUCAUUCAAAGAAUAAGAAACAUUCUAAAAAGUCUAAAAAGCAUCACAGAAAACGGUCUCGCUCCCGUUCGGGCUCAGAGUCUGAUGAUGAUGAUAGCCAUUCAAAGAAGAAGAGGCAACGCUCAGAAUCUAGAUCAGUUUCUGAUCGUUCUUCCAGUGCAGAAUCUGAGAGAAGUUACAAGAAGUCAAAAAAACACAAGAAGAAAAACAAAAAGAGGAGACACAAGUCUGAUUCACCAGAAUCUGAUACUGAACGAGAAAAGGAUAAAAAAGAAAAAGAGAGAGAGAAUGAAAAGGAUAGACCUAGACAAAGAUCGGAAUCAAAGCAUAAAUCUCCUCCUAAAAAACGUCCUGGAAAAGAUUCUGGUAAUUGGGAUACAUCUGGGAGUGAACUGAGCGAAGGGGAAUUAGAAAAACAGAGAAGAACCCUCUUGGAACAACUGGAUGAAGAUCAAUAAGAACAUUAUUUAUACCAAAUACAUUUACAGUAGGAUUUAAUAAAAGAAACUGAUGUCUAAUUCAGGACAUGAGUUCUGAUAUUCUGAGUUCCAUUGUUGAAAUAACAGUGGGUUUUAAUGAUACUGCAUAAAAAAAUGCAUUCAAGUAAUAUCAUUAUGGGGCCUGGCAUCAAAUCUAGAAAAAACAGAGGAAAUUCAGAGUUAAAGUUGAAGUUCUGUUCUUGACUUGCUAGGAAGCAUAUAUAUUCUGUACACCCUAGAGCCCUUUGAUGAAUGGAAGUUGUUUCACUUCUGACUCUGGGUCCUGCCUACUCUGGCCAGGGAAAGUAUUAGCACUUUUCUAGCAAUCCAUGUCUUAAACAGUUCUUUCUGGAAAGGUGCUAAACCUGCUUUUACAGGCCAGUGGAGACAAGCUAAAUUUCCUUUUUGGAAAGAUUCAAAAUGUAGUUUCUUGUGGUUUAUUUGUCUUUGUGUGUUUUUUUUGUUUUGUUUUGUUUUUUUGGCAGGAGGAGGGAAAUGGAGAGGGAAUAAUGAAUCCAUUUCUUGAUUUAUUGUAGUACAGAGAAGCACCAGAAACAUAAAUUGCUUUUUUUGUGCACUACAUUACUGGCCAAACUUAUGGUUUUGAUAAUUUGUAUUAAACAAAAAAUGUGACUUCCUGGCUGAGACUUUCUAUGUCAAGUUUCAUCUUGGAGUGAAUUUUUAUGGUAAAGUUUUAAACCCUUACAAAUAGGUGUUUAUGAUGGAAAUCUGCUAGGCCUUUCAUUACAGUGGCACUAGAGGGCGCUGCUGUAAAAUAGCCACCAUUUUUAUUAAAGUAAAACCUGACAUAUAUAUUAAAAUGGCUGAGGGCAUUAUUUCAGCAUUUAUCUUGAUAAGAAAAUUUAACAUAAAAUCAAAUGAUAAAUUAAUUUCAAUAUGUUGCCUUAAGGACCUGCUGAAGAAUGUACCACCAAAUUUUAAAUAGCAGUUGCAAUAUUAAUGUAGAAAAUCAAUGUUAUUCUAAACCUUUUCUUUAAAAACAAACAAACAAAAAAAAAACCUAGUAUUGUUUUUAAAAAUUCAGCUUCCACCCCCCACCCCCCUUUUGGUAGCCUCUGACCAGUUUUGCUUUGAGGAAAAGUUCUACUUUCCCUAUUCAGUGACAAGUAUUGACUACUGUGGUACACAUUCUGAAACCUUUCUGAUUUGAAUAUUUUUGUACAUUUUUAUCAAUUAUUAAAUUUUGUCCUCUAGCGUGUACUGGUAUUUAUUUCUAGUUUUAAAUACUCUGUACAGCUCUAAUAGAAAUAACUGCUAUCUAUGAUUGAU